AUGUCCUACCUUCUCUACUCCGUCUCCUUCUUCGCCCUAGUCCUGGCAACGGCGCUCUAUCUGACCCGCGCACACUGGCUACACGUUCUUCCGGCCCUUCCCAUCCCCGGCCGUGACUAUAUCUAUUCCCGGUUGCCCUCCAGCUUCACGGGCGACAUGGAGGCAGGCCUCUCGAGCUCAACUUUCGACCUCAGCGGCAAUGUCGAGUCCGGCGACAGCCGCGCUGGCCUUGACGACCGGAGCAAGGCCGAGAUUCUCAAGAUUAUGAAGAAGCGCCGCAUGAAGUUUGACGACGCUCGGAGGGUCUAUAUGGAGAACCGCUUUAAGGCCAACGGCAUCGGCCCCGAUGGCCGCCCGCUGGAUCCAAAGGCUGUUACCUUCAGCUAG